CAAAAGGCGCGCCUUCAAAGCAAAAUAACAACAAUCAUAGUCAUUUUAUAUUAUUAAUUAAUACUCUCCAUCUUGUUAGAUAGAUCUAGAUUCUAUAGAUUUUUAGGUGAUUUUUAAUCUAGAUCUAUAAAAGUAUGAGACUAGUAGUCUAGCUUCAAACUUCUAUUCUAGAGUCUACUUCUAGUCCGACCUAGACAUAGUAGAUCACGUAGAUCAGUUUAAGUUUAAGACAGUUACUGAGUUACUAUCACUGCAGUAGGACUAGGAUCAGUAAACAAAGAUCUAGACUAGAUCUAUAUUCUACAAAAGAAUAUAAUAAUUAAUAUUUUAGCAGUCAUUGAAUACACAAAAAAAUGAGUUUGUGGGUAGAUAAAUAUCGACCAACGUCUCUCUCCAAAUUGGAUUAUCACAAAGACCAAGCUGCACAUCUUAAACGUUUGGUUGAAGGUGGUGACUUUCCUCAUCUUUUGGUGUAUGGCCCUUCUGGUGCUGGGAAAAAGACAAGGAUUAUGUGUACUUUGCGUGAGCUUUAUGGCGCAGGGGUGGAGAAACUGAGAAUUGAACAUAGCCAGUUCACAACACCGUCUAACAAAAAAUUAGAGAUCUCAACAAUAUCUAGUAACUAUCACAUAGAAGUUAACCCCAGUGAUGUGGGUCAUAAUGAUAGAGUUGUGAUACAGGAACUCAUCAAAAACGUAGCUCAAGUCAAUCAGCUGGACUCAACUCAGCAGAAAAACUUUAAAAUUGUGGUAUUGACAGAGGUGGACAGACUCACAAAAGAUGCCCAGCAUGCUUUACGUCGCACCAUGGAAAAAUACAUGGCCACAUGUCGCAUAAUACUGUGCUGCAAUUCAACUAGCAAAGUUAUCCCAGCCAUUCGCAGUCGUUGUUUGGGGAUCAGAGUGGCAGCACCAACUAUUGCAGAGAUAACUCAAGUUUUGACCAUGGUGUGUAAAAAAGAAGGACUCACUUUACCUAAUGAAAUGGCUGUUAAAAUUGCAGAGAAAAGUGGACGAAAUCUCAGACGGGCUCUACUGAUGUGUGAAGCCUGCCGUGUGCAACAAUAUCCCUUCAAUGUUGAUAAAGAAAUCUCUGAGCCUGACUGGGAAAUAUUUCUGAGGGAGACGGCUACUAUGAUUGCGCAGCAGCAGUCUCCUAAAAGAUUGCUUGAAGUCCGAGCCAGACUGUAUGAACUUUUGACUCACUGCAUACCUCCAGAUGUGAUUAUGAAGGGUCUAUUGAAAGAGUUAUUAUCAGUGUGUGAUGGUCAGCUGAAAGCAGAGGUGGUCCAAAAUGCAGCUUAUUAUGAGCACAGACUCCAGCAAGGACAGAAAUCUAUUUACCACUUAGAAGCUUUUGUGGCGAAAUUUAUGGCUAUUUAUAAAAGGUUUCUGGAAGAAGGGAUUGCUGAUUUAUUUUGAAGAGCUCUCUUGUGUUCAUUGACGCACUCUCUCAACAUUUGUGUGGGAACUCUUCAAUGUUUUACUAACUAUUGACUGAAGCUUAAAAUACAUGAACUACCAGUACAGAUGUGAAUUGUUGAUAUUUUUCUGUAAUACAGUUCUGAGCUUGAAGGAUAAUUAAAUCAAUGUAUGAUGCUGAAGUUUGGAACUAUUUUGCAAAUUAUAAGUCCUUCCAGUGAAUAAAAACAUUUUUUUAAGAAAAUGA